UUCGAUUGCCUUUCACUGAUCGGUUCAACUGGCGGGAGAGAGUGGAUUCCUAAGGUCGCAAUUUCCAACGUGAAUUCAUCAUUUACUUGGUAAACACCUCAAACUAAAAUCAAAAUGAGCAUUCCAGAGGAAGAGUUAGCAGAACUCCGCGAGUCUUUCAACAAUUUUGAUCUUGAUGGCAAUGGACACAUUACAUCACAAGAAAUCGGCAAUGUGAUGAAAUCAUUAGGUGAAGAUAUACCUGGAUACAAACUGAGGGAAAUUAUCAAAGAGGUAGAUUCAAACCAGAAUGGAACUGUUGAAUUUGAUGAAUUCUUGCAAAUUUACAAAACUGUGUCAAGCAAAGCCAAAGGUUCUGCCUUCAAAGACCUUAUAAAGAAAAGAGAAAAGAUCAAUAUUACAGGAGGAUCAUCAGAAGCAUCUGCUGAAGGGACAAAGCAUUCUUAUUCUGACUCAGAAAGAGCUGCCUUUGCAGAUUGGAUUAACUAUGUUCUACAAGAUGAUGCUGAUUGUAAGACUUAUCUUCCAAUUGUCACAUCGAGUGACAGUGAUGACAUGUUUGAAAAAAUGAAGGAUGGAAUUCUUCUAUGCAAAAUGAUCAAUGUGUCAGUUCCACAAACUGUUGACGAGAGAACUAUCAACAAGGGAAAAUUGAAUGCCUUUAAGAUUCAUGAAAACCAAAUUCUAGUUGUAAAUUCAGCCAAUGCUAUUGGAUGCAGUGUUGUAAACAUUGGGGCUGAAGAUUUGUCAAAGGGAAAACAUCACUUGACUCUUGGGCUUCUUUGGCAGAUUAUCAGGAUUGGUCUGUUUUCAAAAAUUUCCCUGGCUGCUAAUCCGAACAUUGCAGCUUUGUUGCGCGAGGGAGAAUCUUUGAAUGAUUUGAUGAGUCUGUCACCAGAAGAAUUGCUGCUACGAUGGGUGAAUUACCAUUUGGAGAAAGCGGGCUCAAACAAACGAAUCAACAACUUUUCAUCUGAUAUCAAGGAUUCAGAAGCCUAUGCAAUCCUCCUCCACAGAAUAGCUCCUGAGCCGAAUAUGAUCGACAGGCCAGAAUCUAUAAUGGGGGUAGGCAAUUUGACAAAGCGAGCUGAAAUAUUUUUGGGCAAUGCAGACAAAAUAAAGAUGAGGAAAUUCUUGCGAGCAAAAGACAUUGUUGAAGGAAACCCAAAACUGAAUUUGGCUUUUGUUGCUAACUUAUUUAACAACUUCCCUGCACUCGAUUUGGAAGAAGUGGAAGAAGAAUUUGAGCCUUACGAAGAGAACAGGGAAGAAAAGACUUUCAGAAACUGGAUGAACAGCAUGGGCGUCAAUCCUUUCGUCAAUCAUCUUUACAAUGAUCUUGGUGAUGGCAUAAUUCUCUUCCAGCUGUACGACAUAAUUCAGCCAGGAAUCGUCAACUGGGAUAAGGUAAACAAACGUCCAUUCAAACUUGCUACGGGGGGCAACAUGAAGAAAAUUGAGAAUUGCAACUAUGCUGUUGAACUUGGUAAGAAACUUGGCUUUUCACUCGUCGGAAUUGGUGGCGAGGAUAUCAGAAAUGGAACGAAAACUCUUGUCUUGGCCCUUAUUUGGCAGCUUAUGCGAGCCUACACUCUGGCAAUGCUCUCAAAACUCUCAAAAGGUGAAAGCAUCAAUGACGCCAUGAUUGUUGAGUGGAUCAACAAGAAGCUCGAAUCAGCUGGAAAAAGCACACGGAUCUCCGGAUGCAAAGACUCGGCAAUCUCAUCCAGCAAACCUGUCAUUGAUUUAGUCGAUGCAAUCAAGCCAGGAUCUAUUGAUUAUUCGCUUGUUUUGGAUGGAGCCAAUGAUGAGGAGAAACUUCUUAACGCAACUUACGCCAUCUCAAUGUCAAGGAAGAUUGGUGCUCGUGUGUAUGCACUGGCUGAAGACUUAGUGGAAGUGAAGCCAAAGAUGGUGUUAACAAUCUUUGCCUGUUUGAUGACGCUGGGACUUGCUACCGAGGUUUAAUCACGUGUUAUAAUCACGUGCUGCACACUCGCUUGUCCUCUUGGAAUUGGAAUUGAGACAUUCUGAAGCAAAAUGCAUGAUAAUUAGGCUCUUAUAGGUCUAUUCAAUUGUAAUUUUGUAUCUCUACGUAAAGGACCAGUUUUAUUAAGGUAUAAUUGCACUAAGCUUUGUGGGCCUGUGAAAAGGAAAUCUUGUGUUGUUGUAGAUUGUAUUUGUAAACAUAGGGACCUAUUGCUUGAAUCGAGUAAAACAUCAGCUUUUUGGUUUCCUGAUAUUGAUAAAAUAUCAAAUAUUGCGCUUUUAUUAGAAGAAUCUGCUUUUAAUCUCCGAGUAAUCCUCAAAUGAUUGAAGCUAAAAUCAUAUGUUUUUUUCUCAAACAUCGAAACCAAUUUCAUAGACUCCUUAACCCUCAAAGCUACACGCCACCUGCAAAGUCCCUUCCGUUUUAUGUUUGAAUUGUUCUGUCUUCCUGUAUUAUUUGGUCUUGUAGAUUUUAAUAACUAACAAAAUGUCUUCUCCUUAAACAAAGUUCGCGUAACGACACCUUGUAUUAGUUGAGUAUUCUUGUUACAAACAGUCCUGCAUCUCAUUGUCUGCUUUGCCUUGUUAGCCAACUGGAAUUUUCUCCUUUUCAGUAAUAAAAGGACCCUGCUUUCUCCAACCUUACUAUAAAAUAAACCAAUUGGCAUGAAGUUCCCCAAUUGCCAUAAGAAUUUUAAAUGUUGGCGUUAAAUGUUUUGAUUUUGUUGUCUUUGCGAAAUAAGUUUUCUAAGUUAAUCUGCUAAUUGUUAAUUCAGUUCUGGGUCACGAUAAUGUUUUUAUAUGGUUGAUUGUAAAUGAACUAUUAUUCCCAUCAA